GUUACAGUCCCUGCCUUUUAUCAGAGCAGCCACUGCAUCCUCUCACACAGAGUUAGUGAAGGUGAAACCACUUCAUCUCCAAGAACAAGGACUAACCUCAAAAUGGGCAAAAUUAAUGGAUGUCUCAAAUGCCUUUUUAUCUUCUUCAAUGUUUUAUUUGCCAUCAUCGGAUGUCUGCUGAUUUUUGGAGCUGUCAAGGCCAGUGCUAUCAAUGGCCAGUAUUCCUCCUUGGGAACUCCAGGGGUGGGAUGGGGAUGGGUCUUUGCCAUUGGAGUCCUCGGUAUCUCCUGCCUGGGUAUCUAUGCUGGAUGCUCAGAGAAACAGCUGGCGCUUAAAAUUUUUGCAGGCUUCAUGGUGGCUGGAAUGAUUGUUAUGCUGAUUUUUGGCAUCUAUGUUGCUGUCACAAGAAACAAGCUCAAGGAUGCACUUACAAAUGUUACAUCUGAAGCUUCUCAGACCUACAUGGAGAAUGAUGACUUCAAAAUCAUGCUGGAUGCUCUCCAAUCCACUGUUAAGUGCUGUGGGCUGAGCAGAGCUGAAGACUGGGGCUCCGAGAUCCCAAACUCCUGUUCCUGCUCUUCGUCCGGGAGUUAUGGAGGAUUUGAAGGAUAUGGAAACAGAGGUUGUAAAUCCAGACCACAGGGCACCUCUGGCCCAGAUCAGAUUUAUGCUACGUCCUGUGGAGAAUACCUCUUUGACUUGAUUGACCUUUUUCUGAAGGUUUCAAUGGGCUUCUGCUUUGGUUUUGCAGUCACAGCAUUGUUGGGGCUUUUAGUGACACUGCUGAUGCUGCACCAGAUCAAACGUCAUGACGGCGAAGGACCUGCCGUGUCUAUGAAGAACUAUUGAAGUCCCCCUCUCCAACCUCUGACCCUGCAUCUGUGAAGCUCAACAGUGACAGCAAAAGCUUGAUUGGCAUGGCCUUAAAACUCAUCCCAAAAAACUAUAACAAUAUGCAUUUUUGACACUCAGAUUUACUUCAAAUUCACUCUCCCGCUGUGGUGUUAAGCGGCUUCUGUAACUACUGCUGCCCCUGUCUAAUAGAGAUUAUCCGGAUUGUGAAGCCUGAAAUACAUACUUACAUAUAACACAGUAUAUCUUUUUCAAAGUAUACAUUGAGCUAAAUUAAAUGUUAAAUGUUACUUUCAAGAAUGUAUGAAAUCUGAUUGUUCUGAGAUUUUAAAUUAGAGUUAAUGGGGAAAGGAAAUAGGAAAUGUAUAUUUGUCAGUCAGUGUUGAAUUUUAUUGUGUUUGGGAUCAGCAGUGUGGUCUUCUCCACAUUUUAUAACCAAAAGUUUGUUUUUAUAUUAAUAUUAUGAGUAUCCUUUUAUAUGUUUGUUUUAUGACAUGUUUUUGUUUUGUACACCCUGUUAUUAUUGUAAGAAUAGCACUUGUUGGGUUAGUUUUGUAGCUAUAUUAUAUCCUGGUAUCUCAGUGAUUACUACAGUGAUCUGUACAGAGGAAUGAAGGAAUGAAAAUAUCCUUAUGAUACUUCUGUUUCAAUUUCCAAGCUGGGCCAAUAAUAUUAAAAAUGUUUAAUAAAAAAUAAACAAAUUAAA